AUGGACAUGAACGAGAUUGAUAGCAUUCAGAUUACACAAGUACCUGCAGAGACAACAUACUAUGAUGUCAUGAAGGGUAGCCACCGUUGGGAGGUACCAGUUCACGACCAUGGCAAAGUUGCUCUGGUUGAUGCUAUGCCAAGACUGGCACCAGAGGGACAGACUGCCGACUUUGCUAUCGUCCAGGCUGCCCGUGUGUCUUAUGGCGCUGGCACUAAGAAGGUCAGUGAGGACAAGGGACUGAUCAGAUACUUGUUCAGACAUCAACACACCUCGCCAUUCGAGAUGAUUGAGUUCAAGUUCCACUGUGUCAUGCCAGUCUUCAUUGCUCGUCAGUGGAUCAGACACAGGACCGCCAGCGUCAACGAGUACAGUGCCCGUUACUCUGUUAUGCCCGACAAGUUCUAUCAUCCAUCGGCUGAGGACGUGAGAAAGCAGUCGACCACCAACCGCCAGGGUGGUGAGGAGCCAAUCGACACCAAGACCGCCCAAGAGUUCUUGGACUACCUUGACCAAUGUGAGGCAUCAUACAAGACCUACUCUGGACUGCUCGAGAAGGGAGUGUCACGUGAGCUCGGUCGCAUUGGCCUGCCUGUCAGCGUGUACACUGAGUGGUACUGGAAGAUUGACCUCCACAACCUGUUCCACUUCCUCAGACUGCGCAUGGACUCUCACUCACAGAAGGAGAUCAGAGACUAUGCCAACACCAUCUUUGCUCUGAUACGCCCAAUCGUCCCCAUCGCCUGUGAGGCCUUCCUCGACUACUCCUUCGAGUCGGUCCGUCUGACCCGUCUGGAGAUUGAGGCCAUCCGCACUGGCAAGCCACUCAACACUAGCAACAAGCGUGAGACUGAGGAGUGGGAGUCCAAGAGGACAAUGCUUGGCCUGCCAGCUCCCGUCAAGGAGGGAGAGCAGCCAGCUCAGCAGCAACAGCAAGAGACCAAGCCACAUGCC